AUGGUGGUCGUAUAAAAAAGUAACAUAGACUAAUGCAUGUAUACAUUUGUAUUUAAGAUUUCUGCUAACAACCAGUGAGUUUUUAUGAGGGGCUGUCAAGGCCAUUUAUUCUGUUGCACAUUCUCACACAGAUGCAUUCUUGACACACACAAACUGAAUGCCAUAUACCUGUGUGUGUGUGUGUGUGUGUGUGUGCGUGUGCGUGUGAGUGUGCGUGCGUGCUCUGUCUUCUCGAUCCCCAGUGAGUCGUGGUGGAUGGCUGCUUAUACUGAGCCAGGAUCCUCUGGAGGUUUCUUCCUGUUAAAAGGGAGUUUUCCUCUCCACAGUCGCUAAAUGCUUGCUUAGUAUGAGGAUUGCUGUAAAGAUACUGACACCAGUCAGUGACUUGAUGCAAUUAGCUGGGUUCCUUAUAUAGGGAACUUUACUGAUUGGCUUAAUGAACUGACCUUUAUUGGAUUGUUUACUUUGUGUGGUACCUUGAGACGACUCUUGUGAUUUGGCGCUAUAUAAAUAAACUGAACUGAAUUGAAUUUUUUAUACUGCCCCGCCAAAAAACAGUCACCUGAAUAUACUGAAUGACCAGGUUAUUCCAUCUUCCCUGAUGGCAUGGGUAUAUUCCAAGAUGACAGUGCCAAGAUUCUUCAAGACGUCAGUUUCACACAUGGAUUAGCCAUAAAGUUAUUGGAAUACAGCAACAUUGGUUAGGGUUGGAGUAUGGGUUAACCGUAGCAGUAACAAAAAUGAAUGGAAGUCAAUGAAGGGUCCUCACAAGUAUAGAUAUACCAAUGUGUGUGUGAUUGAUUAAAUGAUUGAAACGUUUAUUUGAACGUAAGACAAUAAAUUUCAAAUCAAUGAACAUAGUAAAAAAAUGAAAAGAUAUACCAAUUUUUUUAAAAGUCUUAGCCCAAAGGGAGUAUUCAAUCCCACCCCCUUGCCACACACUACAAAUCUACUUUAAAUAAGCCAUGUACAUUUUUAAUCUACAUCUCAGGAUUACAUACAUCUACAGUAAUAUAACUUCCAAUAAGAACAUGUUGUAUGAGUAUUUCUGUAAUAACAGCAGAGAUGAUAGACAAUUAUACCAAUGACAAUAUUAUAGUUUCCAGAAAAUAAUAGGUCGACUCAAUGGCUCAGAAUUUCAUGUAUGUUGAAUAUCAUAUAAUGUGUGAGUAUGUGUGUGUGUGUGUGUGCGCGCGCGCGCGCGUGUGUGUGUGAGAGAGAGAGGAAUGUAUGGAUAAGAACGUGUGUGUAUGUGAGGAAAAUUGAUUUAUGGCCGAGGGACCCUCCGUUUUGAGCAUUGAACCCCCAAUUUUUACAUUAGUUUAUCUUAAGAUAUCUUAUUAGCGUUAUGACUGGGUAUACUAUAUACAAAAAGUAUUUAUCUUGCUGACGUAUCUAAGGUAUCGAAGAUCAGUGGUUAAAACCAUGAAUCUGCUUUUAAACCGCGAGGAAGCCAACCAAUCAAUUUGCAGCUUAAAACUCUGCUGGUUCGCUCUCAUCCAAUAGAAUCGCAUCGUGUUACAGGAUGUACUGUUGCCAUGGUGACUGCAUUCUGCUGCAAGGCGUGUGUACAGUAGGCUUAAUUUUAGCUUUCAACAGAAUUCGAACUUUAGACCAGUUUCUGGUCUGUGUGAUAUCAAUACUUGGACCUUGUUAAAGAUGGCGAAGAGGACAGACAGCUGACCGGCGGAUUAAUCGUGUUAGCCAACGUUAGCACGUCGAGCUAAUCUUCUUGCUGAAAAUAAUCCCAUUCUCAAAUGGCACCAUUGUUCCAGAAUUCCGCUUGAUUUUCUUUUAUCUGUAUCGAGUUGUAAAAGGGCAUAGUAUCAUUCUGAGGCCAGAACGCUCACCUGGAGUAUUUUUCUUGUACUAAAUAAAUCCUUAAAGAAAGAAGAUGGAGCUCCAACUCAACAGAGUUGAUUAUACUCAGGUUGGUGUAACAUCACAGAAAACCAUGAGGUUACUUCCAGCGGUGGGGAAAAAAGCAACUCAGAAGGUUGCUAUAGCCGAUCACGAUGGUGUACUUACAUGUUUUGGCAUGAAGAAGGGGGAGGCUGUGUCUGUGUUUAAAACGCUUCCGGGCCCCAAAAUAGCCAGGAUGGACCUUGGAGGUGCCAUAGGAACCCCCCAGGAAAAGAUCUUUGUCUGCUCUGGUUCUCAGGUUCGAGGAUUCACCAAGAAAGGCAAACAAUUCCUCACCUUUGAGGCCAACCUCACUGAGAACAUUAAUGCCAUGCAUGUCUCAGGAGCUGAUCUGUUUGUAUGUGCAAGUUACAUCUACAACCACUACUGUGACUGCAAGGAUCAAGACUACUUUCUCUCUGGAGACAAAAUAAAUGAUAUCAUAUGUUUGUCCUCAGAAAAACUCUUGCGUCUCACCCCAGUCUUGGCAUGCCAGGAUCGAAUUCUCAGAGUUUUGCAGGGAUCUGAGCUUGCUUAUGACAUUGAAAUUCCUGGCCCGCCAUCUGUACUGGAACUCUACAACAAAGAUGGAGGUGAUGAAAUCCUUUAUGGAACCACAGAUGGGAAAAUUGGACUGGUUCAAAUUGGUGACCACUCAGCUGGGAUCAAAUGGGAGAUUGACAAUAACAAAAGGAAAGGAGGAGUUCUUUGCAUUGACACUUAUGACAUUAUUGGAGAUGGAGUGAAUGACAUCCUUGUGGGCAGGGACGAUGGGACAGUUGAGGUCUUUGGAUUUGACAAUUCUGGUGAAUCCACGUUACGAUUUGAACAUGUUUUGUCAGAGAGUGUGACCUCCAUCCAGGGUGGCUGUGUGGGGAAAGAGUCUUAUGAUGAGCUCCUGACCUCCACAUAUACAGGAUGGGUGACUGGUUUGACCACUGAGCCCCAGAAGACAGAAGCUGGUCCAGGAGACGAGGUCAGGAUGAGCAAAGAGACCCAGUCUAAAAUAGAAACACUCAGAGCGGAGCUGGAACAGCUGCAGGUUAAAGUGUUACAGGGACGAGAGCAAUACCAACAGAUCUCUCAGUCCAACACAGCUGUCUCUGCUGUGCCUGUCUUCAGCAUCAACGACAAGUUCACCCUCAGCCAGGACGACGCCAGCUACAGUCUGACGCUGGAGGUGCAGACAGCCAUCGACAACCUGCUGCUCCAGAGUGACGUCCCCAUAGAUCUGCUGGACGUUGAUAAGAACUCUGCUGUCGUCAGUUUUAGUGAAUGUGACUCAGAGCCUAAUGGGAACUUCCUCCUGGCCACAUACAGAUGUCAGGCCAACACUACAAGGAUGGAGCUUAAGGUGAGAUCCAUUGAGGGACAGUAUGGGACCCUGCAGGCUUAUGUUACCCCCAGACUGCAACCAAAAACCUGUCAGGUUCGGCAGUAUCAGAUCAAACCACUGUCCCUUCACCAGCGGACGCACAGUAUAGACCCAGACAGACCCAUGAAUCAGCUCAAUUUGGUGGGACAGUUCAGUUUUGCAGAGAUUCAUUCCUGGGUGGUUUUCUGUUUGCCAGAGGUGCCUGAGAAAACUCCGGCAGGCGAGAGCAUUACUUUCUACUUCUAUAACACAUUCCUUGGCACACAGCUGGAAGCCACCUACAGCAAAGGGGAGGGCCACUUCAAGUCCGACAAUAUUUCUACUAUCUCUAUACUGACUGAUGUUCUUUCCAAAGAAGCUACCAAGAAGAAAAUCAAUCUAAACAUUUCAUACGAUAUUAAUGACGACUCCGUGAGCCACACCCUCAGGAUGAUCCACCCAAAGCUGGAGUAUCAGUUGGUGCUGGCUAGAAAAGUUCAACUUGUCGAUGCUCUCAAAGAACUUCAAGUUCAUGAAGGAAAUGCAGAUUUCCUCAUCCCAGAGUACCGCAGCAUUUUGGAUGAGUCUGCUAACCUUCUGGAGGAGUACAAGAAGCAGCCAGCCCACCUUGAAAGGCUUUACGGAAUGAUCACUGACCUCUUCAUCGACAAAUUCAAAUUCAAGGGCCAAAAUGUGAAAACAAAAGUGUCCUCGUUGUUGGAGAUACUUGAUAAUUACGAAUUAAAGUCACUCUUAGACUUUUUCAAUGAGCCAUGAUGCCAUAAUGGCCAAAGAUGAUCUAUCUCUGUGACGGUUGUUGUGUUGCAAUCUUUACAUGACGAUAGUUCAUCUUUGAGACUGUGUUAUUUUGUUAAAUUUUAUUUAGAAAUAAUUUACUCUCCCUUAAGAGUUGAGUAAUAAAUUACUUUUGAUGUAUUAAGGCGUACUGCAAAUGGUUAGGAGAAUACUGCAAUACUCUUAUUUUCAUGCAAGAAUUUGAUGGAAUUUGUUACAGUUAUAGUAUGUGUGUCAAAUGCUACUCAAUUUAAUAUCUAAUCUUUCUGUAUUAAACCAGUCCUUGUGCAGUAACUUGUCAGUAAAAAAUAGCUAACACACCAA